GAGAAGCGGAGCUGGCAGGCUUGGCAUUGGGAUGAGAAGCAGGAACUAGAGGGGCUGGGUGCCUGGAGUGUGGCAUGAGGGAGAGAAGUAGGAUCUGGGCCAUUAAUAAGGAGGCUUGGUGAGGAGUCGGGGAUGCUGCCCACAUCUCUUGGGGAUAGGAGGUGAGAGGAGAAGACCAGAGAUUAAGCUGAGUGACUGUGGAGAGGUACAAGGAACACCAGGGAUCUGAGGGGCAGGAAUGGCUCAUACACUGCAGAUGGCAUAAGGGUCUUGGGGAGAAGAGUGCAGAAGUAUAUGGGAUUAGCACUCUCCUGGUGGGACUCUGUCAAUGGCGCAUUGGAGCAGGAAAUCUGAGCAGAGAGGAGAGGUAAACGUAAUGGAUCAGAAAGGUUGGGAGGGUCUUAGGACCAGAGUUUCAGGCAAGAUGAAUAGCGGAGUCUGGAAUGGUCUUUUAACUGAGGAGAGGGUGCCUAGCCAAAGGGACAUUGGGACAGGAGGCUUGAGUUGAGAGGAGGUAUGGGCAUUAACUAAGCCAGAGACCCCAAUCCUCUGCCUAUCCUCUCCAGUAUGGAAUGGGGGAGAGAGAGAGCGAGCGAGCCUGGGCAGGCAUGAAGGAGAGUAGAGAGGGAUGGUGGUUGGGAGUGAGGCUAUGUCUACACUGCACUUUCAGCAUUAAAACUUUUGUCGCUCAGGGGUGUGAAAAGCACCAGUGUGGAGAAAACGGUUUGUCAGAGGGAGAAUGUCUCCCGCCGACCACACUACCACCCCUCAUUGGUGAUGGUUUUAUCCUGUCCUCCGGAGAGCUCCCUCCUGGCGACAAAGAGCGGCUACACUGUGUACCUGCCAUUGUAAGGUGCUCAGUGUAGACAUAGCCAGAGUGAACAUGGAUAGCCUGAAAGGAGUUAAUAGUUGGGCUGGAAGGAUUGCAUCCACUAGAACAAGCUGUAGUGUUAGCAAGCUGUAUGAUUCAGCAAAGCAACUUUUCAGUUAAAUCCUUCUGAAUUUAGAUAGCGCUGCCGGUGUAACGUCUCCAAGUUGUGAUGCUUUUUCUGAAUUUAGCAUUUGUGCAUAGCUCCUCUCUGAAUGAUUUUAUUCUGUCCCCUUAAAGAAUCCAUGCAGCCCCAUCAGCAAGCAUUCGAAUAACAUGCAGAGGCAUCUGUAUGCAUGCAUGUUGGUGGCACACAGCAAGUACCUGAGGAAGGGCGACUGCUAGAAUUCAGACGCUCCUGCAAACCCUUCUACUAUGACAUUAAAGGAAAUUGCAUAUCCCUAGAUUUUUUUUUUUGUAAUUCUUUGCAUUGUGUUAGCCAUGACAAAUGGACACACCUUCAUAUGACAUCCUGGGGUGUUGAAACCCUGUGUAAGGCACAUGUUGCUUAAUCACCUGCUCCACAUGGCCACCCAUGAGACUGAAAGAGCCUCCUGGUUUAAACAUGGUCUUGGUAACGUAAGAUGCCUUGCAUUUUGAAUCAGAACGGCCACCAGUCCUUGCUACAGACAUUGGCAUGUUUUCUAUCACUGGGAAGGCCAAAAGCAUAAGAUGGUGGAGGAGGGGACCCUGAACCCACAUCGUAGUGGUGGUUCUCAUUAGCUUGCGCUAUAGGACAAGCGUACAGAUUGUGUCUAGUUUUGAAUGGUUCUUGAAAACAGUUCUAGCAAACCUGUGCCCUGUGACUCGGAGUUCUAAAUAUGACUGACUUUGAAGUGUAAAGAGAGCCUUGAGAAUUCUGGAUAAAAUCAGUAUGGGUCCACAGUUCUGAGGGGAGCACUGAGGUUCUGGAAACACUGAUAAGCAGGCAUCCCUACUACUGGCAGUUUGCAUCUCAGUGGCCUUUAUCCUCCCUACAAAAUACACUAGUUUGCGUAGAAAAGAGUUUUUCUGGACUAACCGUAACAUUCUGUGCUGAUGUGAGAAAUGCAGGUUUGGUUUCCUGGUCCACUCUUUUCCUAGACUGGCUGAGAAUGGGAAUUCUGAGGAGGCAAAAUGUUUCCCUUCUGAGGGGAAGGAGAUGCUUAUUGACAAACCCCACAAACCUUCUUUAGAUACAUAGAGGUGUGAAUAGUCUCAGGUGAGGAGGGGCUACCCCUGGAAGGGGGAAACAUCUGAAAAUGGUCAGAUGGGUCUCCAGCAGUUCAGAGACCACACCCUUCAUGAAAAGUGGGGGGGGAGGGGGCUUUAACAUUCAGAGCGUCUGCUCUGCGGGUAGAUUUGCCUGGUGACUGUGCAGGAUACGGAUCACUUUGGAUUUUCAGACUGAGAUAAGGGUGGGGAAACCUUAUUCCUCUAUCUUCUUCAGGCAGGGAAGGAGAUAGCACAAGCUAGAGAAACAUCCCCGCUGGGGGAGACAAAGGAGGGGGAAUGGAGGUGUGUCUAAACCUUAAAAAACAUUUCAUAGUCAACUUUAGAGAGAGCUGUUGCUGCUGCAAAGGGCCGUUUCUCUAUUUCCCACACACACACACCCAUUCCUCUGUGUGUUGCUCAGUGGAGGAGGGGCCCUGUUCUGGGAUCCCAGCAGAAAACAGGCCAUGAAAUCUCAAAUUGUGAACAAACGCUUUUGGGCAAAGGGGCUUUGUAGAAAAUGGAAAGGGCUCCAUUAACUGUCUUGACCUGUCUGCCCCCUGGGUAGCUCCUCACUAGAGCAAAGCUGGGUGUGGGAAGAAGAACAGAGAGGUAGUGAGCAAAUGCUCCUGUCCCACACAGUGGAAAACUGCAUCCCAUUUUGUGGGAUUUGGGGCCUUGUGUCUUUGGAAAAGGUGCAGCCCUGCUCCCAACACCAGCCCAGCCAGUAUGUUCGGUUAUACAGCUGCCAUGGUUUAGUAUUUAAUUUAUUUACCUUGCUGCUUUCGCACUGAUGGAGCGUGCUUGUGUCGCCUGGUCUCUUUCUCUCCCCUUCCGUGUGUAAACUGAUGCAGAGAAGCCUGCCUCCUCUCGUCUCUGCCUAAACGUGAUGGACACUUUUAUGAUCCAAUGACAGUGCAUAGAAUAGGCAGGACCAAGGGGGAGGGAAAAUUAACCCUGUUUGUACCUAAGAGACUCUCAGAGAGAAUGGGGAGGAUAAUUAUUAAUGAGGAUAUGGUUACAGAGUGCAGGGGCUGUGCUGAAUCCCAUUAGCAGGACACUUGGCAAAAUUUGUCAGGGCUUUGCACUCACACUUUAGCUUAAUUGUGUUAAAUGUUCUUUGAAACAUUAGGGUUAACUCAGACCCCACUGCAAAAGUACAGCGUCUAAAAAAUAUGGAAGCAGAAAUCCGCAAACUCAGUUUCUAGUAUCUGAAGGCCGUGCACUUUGCAAGUUUCCCUAAUUUCGGUGCCUUAGUCUCCAUUGUUUCUGAAACAGAUUGGAAGUCUUAGACAUUUUGUAAUGUCUAUGUCUUUAUUGAAUUAACUGUAAACGACCGGUUGGUCAGUGUUCAGGUGCUCUGUUGAAAACAUGCAACUAUAUUGGAGGUUUGAGAACUGGAGGUGGGACGCCUGGGGCUUUGGCUGCUGAGGUGGCAUGGUGUGCAGUUUUUUAUCCCACAAACACACCGUACUUUUAGCAGGCGUCUAGCUGUGAAAUACUGGAACAGUGCUAACGCUCUACGUUCUCAAGAAAUCCCAAGCUCAGCACCCUAUUGAGAUGAACAAGCCUCUCACACUUUUUGCUGAGCUAUUGUUUCAGGCUGUCUAAAGACUCAGGCAGGUAAUACUCCAUUGGUUCAUGUUUGGACGAUAUUCUUGUGACUGUAAAGCCUAGAAACUCUCCGUAAUGGAAGCAAUGAUCCUGCUGCGUGGUUCUGAAGCAAGGGGUAGAUCUGUGGCAAAUUCCACUGGCUUGCAACAUCUGGGACACUGCAUAACAGUCCUGUUCUCUUUCCUCCUUAAUAACUAUAUAAGCUGAGAAAGAUGGGAUAUAAUAGUUGGAGCAUAGGAUAACUAAGAGCUAUGAAUUCAUAAAUCCUAAUCCCAGUUCUGCCAUUAAAUCCCAGUGUGGCUAUGUGCAAAUCACUUCACUGUGCAGGGCCUCAGUUUCAGUGUCUGUAAAAUGGAAUCUUUAUUUGCCACUGGAGCUGGUGUGAGAUUUAACUGAUAUUAGUAUAACAUUGUUUAUCACUAGAUUUUAUAAAUGCACAUGAGAUCAGAGCUCUGUACCCUCUCUAUAUCAGAAGCUGUCUGCAGUACAUCAGACCUCAGUAGCUCCCAGUCUCCCCUUCCUGAAACUCCAAGGUCUCUGUAGUGUGACCCACAGGCAUGCACUCAUGAUCCCCUGAAUCCUCUGCUCUGUAACCACAAGGGCUCUGCAGCAUCUGACUCGGUUGUUUACUAAACCACUGAAGACUGUCUGAUCCCUGUCCAGGCUUCCCCAGAGAGAGCCUCAGAGUCCUGUCCUGACAGCAUUCUGAUUCAGUCCGAAGGUUUCUGAAUCUGUUCUUUGCUGCUGGAUGCUGGUUCUGAUCCAUAAGAGAAUUGGAAAGCUGGCUAGCUGGGUGAGUGUUCUGUGUAUAGCUUCUCUCUAGAACAGUACACACGGUGACUCACCCCUCCUCUGUGUCUUCUCUCCAUUCACGUAGAAGUUAUUGCCUCACGUAUGCUUGCUCUCUGUGUGAUUCACAUCAUUGGGGUAUCCUUCCCCCCUUCUCUGUUACAGAUGAAUGACAAGUGUCAGUCUGCUUCUCAGUGUGUGUGAGGAUUGUUAGAGCAGGAGGAGGACUUGUGAAUGAUGGAAGGGAAGAUAUUCUCUGCAUUCCACACUGCAGUGUCUUGGGAAUCCAUGCUGUGUCUCCAAGGGACAGAAGCACAGAGCUUAGGGUUUAAGCAUCUGCCGUUCCCUCAUCUGUCAGACCUGAUGUCCUCCUUGGUGGACGUGUCAUGUGCCAGCUUUGUAGGCAUGGUUAACUGACUUGACCGUCUUGCAGGUGUCUCACGUAUGGCACGUGGAGGUGUGACGAUAGGGAUUGGGUAAGUGUGCGCUUCUCACCGGAUGAGAACAGUUGUCAAAUUGAAAUGCUCUGCAGGGGCCAGGAAUAGCGUGGCUAUUCCGUUUCUCACAGCAGCAGCCAGGGCAGUCUGUCUGGCCUCUGACAUAAGGGUAGGCUGUUGGCUAUGGAUUACUCAUUCAUGGUGACCAGCCACACUCCAGCUCCAAGGAGCCAGCCUUUUAAAUCUUAAAGGAAACUUACAGGCAGAAGCAGGAAGAAGGGUACCAAGAAUUGAAAAUAGCUUGUGGAUAAACAGAAAGUUUGGGUAAGUGACAGAACAAUUUCAUUGGAAAUGAUCUAGCUGGAUUUUAGUAUGGCUGGACAGGGUGUAUUCCUAGCAUAAUCUUCUAUGCUUAAUUGAGACUAUUGAUGAUUAAUAGUCAGAUAAAAUUGAGAAUUCCUUCCUGCUUAAACUGCCCUCCUCUGUCUGCUCCUUAGGAGGGGAAAAGUUGUUGCAGGCUUGCUUGGGGAGAUGGUCAUAUAGUCUCAGGUUACUGUACAUGCUGCUUCAUGUGUGAAUGGAAGCUAAAGAACUGUGGUGCUUCCUACUGGAUCAUUUAUGUCCUUGCCAAUGUUUCCUUUUGUAGUAAAAUCAGUUUUAACAUCCAAGGCUGUGUAUGAACUACAAACAAGUGCACCCGUGGCUGCUGUUAGCUACACAGUGGCUGCUGGUAUCUAACACUGCCCUCUGUAAAGUGCUUUGGGAGCACUGGAGUGUGAAAAGUGCUACUAAAACCAAAUUCUGAUCUCCUCUGCUGUGCUCUUUUCUUCUCACACAGCAGUGCUGCCCCACCUCAUCCCACUAGUAAGGAUUGUCUUGGUUGAGUGGGUGGGGAAGAGGAGAGCCCCAAAACAAAAUAGUGGGUAGUGCUGUAUGUGCCAAACUGAAACCAUCAAACUUGUGGUCCUGGGCUGAAUAAGCAGAGCGCUUCAAAUUCUCAUGAGGAUGCUAUAAGUCAGAUAGGAGCCAUCUGGGGGUCAACUGCAAGGGUGUUGACAGAAGCAGGACUGGAUUUCCAAUUAGGCACAGAAGGCACAUGCCUAAGGGCGCAGGCAUUCUGGGGGCAACUUACCUCUCUAAAACUGUGUGCCAGACGAAGGUCAGCUGUAGGCGGGGGGCGCUGAAGAUGCUCUGCCUAGGAGCACAUAAGGUGUAAAUCCGACCCUGGACAGAAGUGGUGUCAGAUAACCUUAUAAAAACACUAGCACUAGGGUUCUUUGUAUCCUUCCAAUAAAAACACUUGUUUUAAAUAUAAAUGGGAAACACAACCUUAUAGAAACACUUGUUCCUUUACCGGGGCAUAAUAAUACUUAUUUAUCUAUCGCUCAGCAAUGUGCCAUGUGGCUUACAGAAUAAAAGUAACAUAGUCCCUGCUCCAAAAAGCUUGCAGUCUAGCUUUAGACAUGAGGCUGCAAAUGCUGUUAACAAGGAAUAGGUAAAGAAAAUCUUUAUAGUAAUAAGAUCACACAUUUAUAUAGAGCCUUGCAGGCACCCCUAUAAGGUAUGUGCACUGGGCACCAUUAAAAAUUGAAUGUUUGCAGCACUGUGUACCUUUUUACUUAGGGGUUUUCUGUUUUUUUGCAGUCUGUGUACAGGAAAUGUCACAUACUGUAGUAUAUUUAACCACUUGUAGGUGGUAAAUGGAUAGUCAUAAACAGCACCAACUGUGUAAGUAUUUUUAUCCCCACCUUACAGCAGGGGACAUUGAGUCAGAAGUUAAGUAACUUGCUCAAGGCCUAAGACUGCAUAAUUGUCUGUCAGGAUUACAACCAAAUUCAUGGUACUAAGUCUUGCUCAGACCACACCACAUGAUGAUCCACGGCAUAAAAUAAAUUUAUCAUGGGAUAUUCAGUCACUUGAGUGAUCUUAUCUUGGUGGUUUUAACAGUAUUAUAUUAAACUCUAGAGUAGGAGUCUGUUCUCAAAUAGCAGUGGACCUUCACUCCAGUGUCUGUGCGUAAACCAGUAUUUGAGAAUCGAUGCUUAUGCAAGAACCAAAUUCCUGCAUGGGGUCUUCUUCCAGAUGCUGAUUUUGCUCAUUAUUUACAGCUGAUUUAGUGACCACCACCUGUGUAUUGAGUUCUCCCCACCCCCAGCCCUUCAUCUUAAUCCCACUAGUGACUCUGGUGUUCUGCCUGUCUUUGUGCCUGGACCCCUAUAAUGGGAGCUGAUCCUAAAAGACUUCAGAGGACAUGCUGGUUUCUUCUAGAAUAUACCGAUUUAUAAGCCAGGCUGCCAUUUAUUUAAUGAAUAGGAGGCAUCCUGUGUUAAUACUGACCCCCAGCUAUGAAGGAUGGCAUGUUAGAGCUUCUACACCUCUAAUUUCUAUAACACUUGUAACAACCUGGGCCCUUGUUAAAUUGUUGUGUGCCUGGUCUGGCACCAAACAUGGAGGAGUCUAGGACCUUCCUCUGAGCAGUGUGGAAUGUAAAUAGACAUCCCUUCAGCAGACAUCAGAGCACAAAGCAACAGGUGACCAGAAGGGGGGUUCAUCACACAGAGUCGCAGGAGGCUUUUAAAAAUAAGCAGAGUUACUUUGGGUGGCAGAUUACCCCCGACAGUGACCCCCGAGGGAGUCUCCACCCUCAGCACUUGCUUUCCACAAUAUUCCACAUUUCUUCCCCUCUCUGAGCAGCCAGCGGAGUGUUCAGUUUUUCCAUCGACUGGUGUAGAAAGUGCUUUGAAGACUCACUGGUUGCAAUUUCUGACCAGUUCUGUCCAGGAGACUGUGCCCAGGUUAUGACGACUAAUCCCAAACCGAACAAGGCAUUAAAGGUAAAGGAGGAGUCAGGAGAGAACGCCCCAGUGCUGAGUGACGAUGAACUCGUGUCAAUGUCCGUCCGGGAGCUGAACCAGCACCUGAGAGGUCUCACGAAAGAAGAGGUCAUCCGCCUGAAGCAGCGGAGGCGCACGCUCAAGAACCGGGGCUAUGCUGCCAGCUGCCGCAUCAAGCGUGUGACACAGAAAGAGGAGCUGGAGAGGCAGCGGGUUGAGCUGCAGCAAGAGGUGGAGAAGCUGGCCCGAGAAAACAGCAGCAUGAAGCUAGAGCUGGACGCCCUGCGCUCCAAGUACGAGGCAUUGCAGACCUUUGCUCGUACCGUUGCACGGGGGCCUAUUACCCCGACCAAAGUCGCCACCACUAGUGUCAUCACCAUUGUGAAAUCAGCUGAAAUCUCAUCCAGUUCUGUGCCAUUUUCAGCAGCAUCCUAGUGCCCUAGAUGGGGGAACUACAGCCUUUCGGAGGGAUGGGGAAAGGGCUCUUAUGCACCGUUCCAGAGUCCUUGGUCACUUCAAGAAUUGGCAUUUUAACAAUUCCUUCUCUUUCAAAAGUGCAAAAAAAAAAAAAAAAAAAUCUACAAAGGGAACGUAACUGGCUGCUCCUCUGUGAACUUAGUGGUUCCAUGAAGCUCUUGUGGCUGGGAUUUGAGCUCUGUACCUAGUAUGAGCUUUCUCUUCCUCCUCCCCCUGCCUCCCCAACCCCCUUUAGGCUGUGGGCAGCUUCCCAAUUGGGAGAAGAUACCGGAGGAGCCUUUGUGAAUAAUGUUCAAGAGCCAGGUAACAGAUGGACUGUCGAAAUCAUGUGAGAUGAAUGUAUAGAGAAGAGUUUCCUUCAGUGGCAUCCAACUCCCAUUAAGAAGUUACCUCACCCCACCACCACGUUCCACUGUCAUAGCAGUGGCAGAGAAAUAAACUCUGAAGCAGAGUCCAUUCCGCCAUGCACUGGGGGGAGGAGAGGAGGGUUGGUCAUACAGAGAGGGAAUAUGUUUGGGUCAGACCACACCAGUUAGGAAAAACCUUCCUGUCUUCAGCCCAUACCGGUUACCAGUUUACAUGUUUUAAUACACCCCAUACCUGUGUGGCCUAUAAAGCUAAAUUGCAGCCUCCCUUAUACAAAGCCAAGUCUACCAAGAGCUCCUUCCCCAAGAUGUGCCUGUAAAUUGGGUAUAUUUAUGCAGUUUAUUUCUUCCAGAUGAUCCACAGGUUUGUAAAAGUGGCUUAUUCAGGGUUCCUUGAAGCUCAAGGGAGGAAGGCACAGUAAAAUUCAAGAAGGGAGGUAUGUUGCGGGGCAUAGAGAGAAAUACUAGAAGUAUUACUGGCCUGAGGCAGAAUUGGUUGCCAUGGUGGGAAGUUGUUGUCCUGGAAAUCAGCACUGUGAAAAGGUGUUUAUGUAGAGCAUGUUAGAAAGAUGUGUUAAAAGCACUGAAGUAAAAAGAGGGCCGAUAGUGUAUGUGCAAGAAGAUCAAAGCCAGCAGAAACUCCUGGAUAACAGAGGUAGUGGUGGUUAAGGCCUUUGCCUGUUAGAACAGUGGCCAUCCCAACCUAAGGGGCCAUGUACACUGAUCUUUGCCAACAAGAGAUAGGGUAUGGGAUGCUGGGUGGAAGCUGAAAAAGGGAAGAAAGAUUCUUAACCCAAUCUCAGUCAUUAAAGCUGGGUUCCAAAGAGUAGAAAAACCUAUAGUGUUUUGUGUUGAGAGGGUUGAGAGAACCUGUCUGACAACAAUCCUGAAACUCAACAUUUCUUGGGGAUGUGAAUUAUCCCUAGAGAUGAAUGGAGGGCAGGAUUGGAAUCGGUGGCUUUUGGGGGAUGGUAAAAUUGGGGUCGAUAAGUAGGGCUUAUGGUUCUGAAGGAUAGUUGGGAAGAGGUAACCGUGGCUCAGCAGUGGGCAGGAAAGGGAAAGCCAAAGGGAGAAGAGUCUAUUCUUUAACAGGACUGAAAAGACAUUCUAAGUUUCCAGGUCUGAGUAAAAAUAGCUAUGUUCAUGUUUGUGUGUUUGAAGUAGGAAAGAAAAGGGAUUGCCUGGUGUUCCAGAGUAGGUCAAAGAUUUGUGGGCUGUCAGAUGCCUGCUCUAAAGCAGGUGAGAAGAGGUUGAGAUUCCUGAAGUUCAAGAUGACUGGAGGAGAUGGCUAAUGUUCAUAUUCAGAAGAGUUUGGUAGACUGGUGUUCCAGAGUAAGGUACAAAGGAGAAGAUGGAGAAGAAUGACUGGUGGUCUAGUUUAACUGAAAAGGAUAAAGGAAGAUGCUCCUGUCAUUGAAGAGGACAGAAAAUUAGCAUCCUAGGCCAGUGUAGGAUAUUGUUUGUGAAGUUAUCUUGUGUCUUGAAUUGCAAGAAGAAUGCACAAGUUUAGUGAAGCCCUGUCUUUCUUCUAAAGACAAACACAAGUUGUUGUUGGCUCACUUUUUCCCAGUCACUGGAGUCUCUUGGUUUCCCAAGAAGGUACUUAAGUCAAGUAGUUGGAGAGGCAGAACCUGGUUCUCAUUCAGUCCUAAACCUCUACACUGAUGACUUUCCUGAGCCAUAGGAUGUGUAAGAGUAAUGCUUCCUUGAUGGCUUUUACCCCACCAGAUUCAUCUCCUCCUGGAGGAGGCAAACAGGAAGUUACCAACAAAUAUAGUUUGGAGGUAUUUAGCUCCACUUCUCCUCCACUUCCUUACCAUCUCCUAACAGGCAGAUUGAUGUCCUGCGUAUCAGUACCAGUUAUUGGCUCCCCCAGCAGAAGCUGAGGAAGAGAAGACCUUAAUUCCUUUUCAUGUUCUGUAACUCAAAAGUACUUGGAAAUCUUCCCAGAUCUCUGAGGUGCAACCAUUAACACAGGCAAUGUCUAGAUUCCUAGCACUGUUGGGACUUUAAAAGAGAAACAGAAAAAUAUCCAGUGGACUUGGAAAUGACUGAAUGUUCCCCAUUUCUAAAAUAGCUCCAUGAAAGUCUUCACAUUCCUGAACAGAUAAGACCACCCCCUCCACCUGGGGAAUCCUUCACUGCACCAAGGAAAUGAGAUCAACUAGACAGGAGAGUAAUGGGAAUUUAAACAUAAUUCGGUGGGGUUCAGUUGCUGUUGGAAUGAGAUGAGGAAUAGAUCUGAGUUCUUUACUAGUACUUCCAUUGUGGCCGAGCAUUUUCCAGUUCUCGGAAAUGUGCCAAAGGCUUGUCCAAGUGAUUGCUGGUUUAGUGCUAGAAGGCGCGUAGUCUCUGAUUACUCAAUCAAGAAUGAGGCCUGGGUGUUAUUAAAGCUGUUGAUACCAUAACCAUGGUAGGUAAUCCAUAUUGGAUAUCCAUAAGGACCACGUGGAAAUAUUUAAAAAGAGAAAUAAAUAUAUAUAUAUAUAAAUAUAUUAUAUACAUUUUAUCAUAUAGAUUUUUCGUAAUUUUUUUUUCCAAGUUUGAUACUGUAAAUCUUUACUAAAAGAAAUUGCCAGUCCAGGGCUCCUUGGGUGGUGAUUUGGGGGGAAAGGAGGCAUGCUGGCUAACUUCAACUGGUGGAUCAGAAUUGCAAGGUAAUACAGAGGGAGGAACAAUCUGAAAGCUGCUCACCACAUUGGAGAGACAACUCCCUCUCCCUUCUUCCUCUGGGGUUUGUUUCUGUUCCGUCCUGCACUUGCAAAUCUGAUGCCCAGGGCAAAAGCCAAUGAGGGGAAUUGGGCCACUGCUUGCAGAAUCACUAGGGGAGCCCUUUUGAAAAGGAGUGCUUAUCUCUCUUCCAACCCUCCUCCCACUCCCUCUUGUCUCUCCUUACUGCAGUAACUAGGGCUCCUUUCUCCCCCCUCUUAUCUUGUCACACCACCGCUAGAGGGAAGCAAUGAGUCUUAAUUUCAUGAGGAUUAGGCUCCACUUCUGAACCCCAGGCCCAGCAUUUUCCUCUGAUACCCACCCUGUGCAUAGGAACCACGGUAUGAAGGUGGGGACAUUAGAAGCAGCCAGCGGUAUGUCCCCUGACCCACAAUUGGGGCAUUGUGGGAUGUUUACAUGGGGCAAUAACAGGUCCUUCUUAUCAGGGGCUUCUCUGUGCUCCUGUAUGUGCAUUUGUUGUGCUCCUGACUGGGAAUAGUUUCCCUCUAGGGAAGCUUCAGAGCCCUUUGAAGCAAGUUAGUGUCUCUGACCUUGCCUAACUAUAUCCUCUGCCUGAGGAAACAACAUAUAACGUGUUUUGUAAUGCCACAUCUCUCUGGGACAAGUGAGGGAGGGCGGCAGGCAAAAUGAAUAAUGGGUGGGACGGGAGAGUGAGUGGCAAGUUUAUGUAUUGCUGGGAUCGUGGGGCAUUCAAGCUACUGUGCGACUCAAAGCCCAAGGAGGAGGAGGCAUUUUUUCUCUCUCAGAUCAUUUAAACUUUGUCAUGAUUGUUUUCAUUUAAAGAAAAAAAACUUUUGUAAUGUGGGUUUGUUUUCCUUUGUCAUCUGUAUUCCAGUCUGCUGGGGUGUUUCCGUAGAUGGUGGAUCUUUUGCUUUCAUUUUUUUUUUCUUUUUUUUUUAAUGGUAGAUCUUCUGUUAAGUUUUUAUCACCAACUCAUGCUAUCCUCCGUGGUCAUUCAGUAAUUUCAUUUCAAUAUUUAUUUUUGUGCUGCUUUUUUUAUUAUAAAAUAAAUUAUUGAUAUACCGAGUAAUGUGGAUUCCUGUUUGUAAGGCGUAUAGCCCUGUGUAUGUGUCCAUCACUUUCUCUUGACAGCCACAACGUAAUUUAUUGCUGUAAAUUUAGCUGCAGUGACUGGUUUUUUGUACCUUUCCAAUAAAGCAUUUUCUGGUU